AUAAACGAUUAUUAUUUGCGGUAGGUCGCUCGAAGUCGAGAAUUGUGCUUCCAGAGCGCCGUCUGCCGGUAACGCGGAAGAGAAAAAAGCGGGGAUGGAAUUGCGGCCACAGAAGGGAGCUAUGCUUGCCGUUCUCGCCGCAUUUUUUGCCCUCCAUAUCGGUAACGUAAGGAUGAGUCAAAACGAGGACCUUACGCAAUCAUUCAACGAUCCAAUGUGGCCGAAAAUGUGGUACUUGGUAAGGAAAUGUGUUUUUACCACUAAACUUUCUUACUUUUUUCUACUUCUCUGUCUCUCUCUCUCUCUCUCUCACUUUCUCCAUAUUCUUCUUACUCCUCUGACUCUUCUUACACUUCUCUUUUACUCUCGCGCUGAAUUCUUCUACCUCUUUCUCACUUUCAUCCAAUCACUCCUUUAUCUAUCAAUCUAUCUAUCUAUCUACCUAUCACUCAUUCCUCUUAUUUUCCUCGGCAAAUUUAAUACCCUAUUACUUUUCAUUCAUUGCGUUUUCUUUUCUUUUAGCGAAAUGUUGCGCAAUUAAUUCUUUUAUUUAUACUGUACACUUUAUCUAAUUAUCUUAUCUACGAAGCUCUGAUUUACUGCAGCGACAACAAAGUGGCAUGCGAAUAGCCGAGGCUUGGCAAAGGCUCGGUGUUUCAGGAAAGAAUACAACUAUAGCUGUAGUUGAUGAUACAUUAGAUGUAACCAAUAAAGAGUUAAAGAGGAGGAUAUUGAGAAAUCAUGACGUCACGGAUAACGUCACCAACAAACCGGAAGAUGAAAGAAGGUGGACUCAUGGUACAGAUGUUAUGUCAGUGGCGGCAGGGGAGGGUAAUAAUUCGUACUGUGGAGUGGGUGUUGCCUAUGAAGCUUUUCUGAUAGGUAUUAACCCUCUUAGCGCGGAGAAAGUGGACGAAAAAAUGUCAAGGGCUUUUCGAAUUGCUGCUGCAGAGAGUGAUAUCGCCGUAGCAGCUUGGGGACCUGAGCCGCACGUGUAUUCGGGACCCAAAGAAUCGCUGAGAAUAGCUUUAAAGCAAGCGGAAACCGCCAGGGACGGUCGCGGUCUAAUAAUUGUGCAUGCGGCCGGAAACGGUGGUUAUAAUGACGAUUGCGCUUACGACGGUUACUCAACAUCACCAAUCAUGCUUAGCGUCACUUCUGUCUAUAAGUCGCUUAAGAGACCUCUGUAUAACGAAAAGUGUUCCUCAGCCUUGAUUACUGCCUACACAUCGAGUGUUUCGAGAUACGAUAAUAACUUGGAUAGUUUAGUAUGGACAUCAGGAUCGGGAUCAAACGGUGGCUAUUGCAAAAAUGACUUUUCCGCUACAUCAGCCUCAGCUGCUCUAAUAACCGGCGUCUCCUCCCUAUUAAUAGACGCUAACCCAGCGUUAAGCUGGCGAGACGUUCAAUAUAUUUUCGCGCUUACUGCCCGUGUCUUUGGAGAAAUGGAGAGUGUUAGUUUUCAAUUUAACUCUGCAGGAUUGGCCUUUAAUAAAUUCUUUGGAUUCGGUUUGGCCGAUGCUUACGGGGCUGUAAGACUGGCUCUAAGUUGGCCAGGAGUGGGUCCGAGAAAAAACUGCUCAAUUACUUCGUUGAACACCCAUUCCAAUUCAACAUUCCGUGUCCGUAUUUCCGCCAUCAAUUGCCUUGUUCGAUAUGUCGAACAUGUCACUCUUGCUCUUGAUUUAAAGUCAUCGAGUCGACAAAAUCUAAGAGCGACAAUAACUUCUCCAUCAGGUAUUACAUCGUCCAUUUUAAGCGGUAUUGUCCCUGAUACAAAGGUGAAAAACAUCGAUCUUAAUUUUAGUUCCAAAGACAAUGCUAACUGGCCUUUUAUGACUGUUCACUUUUGGGGAGAAAAAGCGUUAGGUGAUUGGAUAAUAAGAGUUGAACCGAAAUCCUCUUUUUCUAACUUUGUAUCAGCUACCUUAUCAAUUUACGGAACGGAUGUUGAAGCGCCAAUAUAUCUUCGUUCUUGUAGACUUGAAGAUGACAGCGAAACUGAAGACAUAACAUUCAAGGACAUGUUUGGCGUGUGGGUGUCCUUAACUGACAAUCGUCGAUUGCAGAUAAAAAGAAAAAAACUACCUCAAGCAUGUCAUCGAUGUGUGUGUCCAACUGCAGAGUUCUUUGAAGAUGGUAAACUUGAUUCUUCGAAGUUAACUUUUGCGUCAGGAUACGCUAGAGAUUUAUUUAACAAGUCAUCUUUACAUUUUUAUCCAGUUAUUUACAGUGAUUUAACAAUAAUAGUUGAUAUUGAUUAUUCUGAAAAAAAUAUGAUUAUAGUCAAUUUUUCCACCGGAAAUAAUACAAGAAAAUUGAAGAUGAGAAAAGAAAACCGAGUAAAUUUACAGGAAACAACUAAUGUCGAUAAAACACAAACCGAAUCAAUACAAACCGAGUCGACGUUAACAUCGACAGCGUCAACAUCGUCAACACUGUCAAGAACAAGGCAGUCAGAGACAACUAAAAAUAUUGUUAUCAGUUCAUCCAAAGCACCGAAGACAAUUUACGAACAUUCUAACGAAUUUCAUUACUAUCUCAUUAUUAUCAUAUUCUUAUCACUCGUUAUUGCCGCAUUAGUAAUUUCGUUGAUUAUCGUAACAGCUAAGGUGAAGAGGUUAGAAAAGAGAAAAAAAAGACAAGGGAAUGAUGUUCAUUUACAUCUAUUCAAAAAUGUUAACGUACUCUAAAAAACUUUUAUUAUUGUUUUGAUUGUUUUUUUUUCUGUCUUUCUUUCUUUCUUUCUUUUUUUAUCAUUUUCUUUCAACUUCUUUUUUAUUUAUUAACAUUUUUCUACAUUUUUCUAUAAAGUAUAUGCAUUUAUAUAUAUAUAUAUAUAUACAGUAUAAAUAUACAGUAUAUAUAUAUACAGUAUAUAUAUUUAUGAAGAGGAAGAAGAGGGGGAGAUAGGAGGAGAAAUAUAAAUAAAUAGGAAAUUCCUUCCAAACAAGAUAUACACUUUUAUGACUUGUUCAUAAUUCUUUCUUUAUAAUAAAUGGUGUAGGCUACACAAUAAAACUAGACUGAACUAUAAAGCUGAAUAAAUAAUGACUUUAUUUGUUCAUGGUCAAUUAGCUGUAGUGGUAUUUUGGUAAGUAAUUGCAAGAGAUGUGCUAAUAAUUACAGUUUAUAUCGUCCUUCUAGAAAUAUUGGAAUAAUAUUAUAUAUGUAUAUAUAUAUAAG